AUGAACAUUAAGUUGCCACUUAAAACAGGAAUUAUUCACAACAAAUUGUUCAACAUGGGUCAAAGGAAUAUGCUGUAUGCUAGUCAGAUGAUUGAAUUGGAAAGGGAGCAAUAUGACCAUGGACAUCUUAAUCCUGAACCUUGUGUUAUUUACGGGAGCAUAACAAAUUUCCCACCUCCAAAUAUCCACACGGUGGCACCAACUCCAGUAAAUCCCGCUAAUUUUGAUGUCCGUCGUCUACCAGAGAAUCAUGACAGUGCAUUAUUUUAUGGAAUGAUGCAGUACAAUGGUGUUCAACAUCAUCAGCCUGCUGCUGGUCAUGACUUAGCUGUAGCAAAUCACUAUGCUCCAUACAUGACUCCCGCGUCUGGUACCAGAGUUUUCCCUAUCCCUCAAAAUCAAGGGUCAUGUGAUCAGUUGCCAUUUUCGAGCAAUCAUGGAAUUAUUGGAGUUUCUACAGACAGCUAUCGAAGGAGUAGUCACCUUGUUGAUGGUCACAGAGGUGUAUUUAAGAGAAAGAAUGCUGAAGGCAUCCGUGGGAAUUUUCAGGGUUGUAAUGCUUCAGCAGGCUCUAGUUCUGCAGUUACCCAUAUGAGUUCAAGGCCUCGUGAAUCAGAUGUUACUUUGAUGGAUGCGGCAUCUUUUGCACUUCCUGAGUAUGGAAGGAAUGAUGCCUUGUCAGUCGUAGAAGUUGGAUCCCACAGAGGUGUGAGAAAUAUAUCUGAUGCUAUUGGUCUCGAUUCUGUGAUGGCACAUGGUACUAACCACAUUACUCAAGGAAAUUAUAUGGGUCAGCCGUUUCAAACAGCCGGCACUCCUUGGUUAGACACACAGUUUAGUUGUAAUGGUGGUGAUAUUCACACUUUUACCUGGAAUCAGGCACCCACUUUACCCUAUCUGCACGGGAGCAUCAAUUCUGGUCUAAUGGAGGCUGGGAACAUGUGUGUACAAGGAUAUCAUGUCACAGCUAGCAAUAGAAGUUCCACAAGUUAUCUGCAUCCUCCUCCCAUCCCACAAGGACACCCCAAUCUUCAUCAUCCACGACCACCACCACCACCACCCUCUCACUCACAGCCACAGCCACACCCACCUAUGCAAGGGGUGAGAGGCCACAAUAUUGACUUGCAUUCUCAAGUGGUAACAUCCUCACGCAGGCAUUCCACAAACAGCACCUCACACAUCAGUAGGAAUCCUGAUGGUGUAGAGGCAGGACCUAGAUUUGUAGGGCCCGUUGCACCAACUAGCUUUGGGAUAUACCGCCCUUAUCAGAGGGAAGCCAUGUUUGAAGCAAACUCAAGGCAGCGUACCCUUCCUCAGUUCAGAGUUCUACCAGAAGAUGGAGUUGCCAUGCUUGAUGUUCCAAGCUAUCAUGAAGUAAGAGAUUUCAUUGAUCAUCACAGAGAUAUGCGCUUGGAUAUUGACCACAUGUCUUAUGAGGUAAAUGUAGCAAGUCCAUUGGCUUGUUCUUCCACCAUGACAGUACCUUGACAAUCAAUGCAGAGAAAGUCAAUUACUCAGAGUACACGAAAAGGCCCCCCAUCCCUUUUCUUUUCCUUUUCCCACACCAUAUGGAUCUAUCUGGAUGUAUUAGAGCAGUUAAUGGAUAUUGGUUUAAGCUUUCAGCAAGCCUUUUACAUUGUGUUUAUUUAUAUUUUGGAUUAAUGAGAUCUAUGCGAAUUAAAUUCCUUAACUUUUUAUAAUUCAAUGCCAGGAGCUUCUUGCACUUGGGGAAC